AUGGAAGCGUUUCAAUUAUUAUCCCGAGGUGGGAGCUUCAAUAAGAAUCGGUUCAAGGCGGAUGUUAAGCUUUUUAGUGCCAGCAAAGACAAGACUGAGACCAAACUCCCAACGGGGUCCGAAUUGCCUCCUUCAUUGGACUUCUUUAAAUAUGCAAAAAGGUCACAUUCAGGAGGUCACUCUUCACAAGCUACUGGACUGAAGCAAAGGGAAGAUGAAGGCAACGAACAACAAAGUAGAAAACGUAAAAGAGAAGAAAGUGAGGACGACGAAAUGGAUGUAGACUCCAAUACAGAGUCUCACCCGCUGAGGCACCGGGUUACGACCAAAGGCCAGCGAGUGCCUGCAGCUGCGGACUCUUUCGAUGAGAUGGAAGAGCGAUUCUCUCUACCAGUCUACCUAAUGCAAAAUAUACGGUCACUGGGGUACAAAGAACCCACUGCCAUUCAACGCACUGGUGUGUCUAUCCUCGCAGAGAGUCGAGAUUUGGCGGCCAUAUCACCUACUGGAACCGGUAAAACUCUGGCGUAUCUAUUGCCCCUCUUUUCUAGACUUGCUGCGCCGCUCGCCAAA